ACCGUGGCCACCAGCAACCAAGGUUGUGGAGCUCCAGAGGAAAAAACGCUUUUACUUUUUUAUUUUAGUUUGGCAUGAAAUAUUUGCUAGACGACUGAGAACUUGGGUGCAUGGUUUAACAAUUUUAGCGGUGUGGAGUAGUCACAUUGUGACCACAACAGAUUGAAGAAUAGCAUAGGGCAAUGUGCAUUCAUUUUUGCAUGCUGAUAAUCAAUGAGAUAUAUACAUGACACUACAGCAGCGUAACCUAUAGCCUCGACAGGCUGUAGCAAGCCCCCUUCUUCUAGUUUCAGACCGGUUUCUGGAAGACUAAAUCUGUGUACCGUAACCUACCCUUGCAGAACGUGACUGAGGGCGCAAAGGACGGACAAUCGCACCGGACUACUGGGGGGGGGGCUCGGAUGAGGUGUUGGAACAGAUUGCUUGAUUUUAGAAUUUUAGUCGACAUUCUUUUAUAACAGCAGUGCCACAGGGCAUUGCAGAGGUGAUGGAAAUGGGGUUGUUCUACGUGGGAUUUAUUCUCAUUUUGGAGAUCAUAUUACCUACUGGAGCAAUUGAAGCUCCAAAGACCUGCAGCCCAAAGCAGUUUGUGUGCAGGGAGGACCAGAUAACGUGCAUCUCCAAGGGCUGGCUGUGUGACGGGGAUAGAGACUGUCCGGACGGCUCUGACGAGUCGCCUGAUCUCUGUCCACAUAACCGAGUGUCCCAGUGCCCGGCCAAUGAAUAUGGCUGCCUGGACAUGGAUCAGUGUAUCCCCAUGAGCAAGGUGUGUGACGGAGUCCUCGACUGCAACGACGGCUGGGAUGAAGGGGCCUUCUGCCGAGAAGGCGCGCCGGACUGUGCCACCCACGGCUGCCAUGGCAACUGCUCCGUGACGCAUGACGGACCCAAGUGCUACUGCAGCUCCGGCUACGAGGUCGCCGCGGACGGCAGGGCAUGCCAAGACUUCAACGAGUGCAGCGUGUACGGGACGUGCAGCCAGUCGUGCGCCAACACUGAGGGCUCGCACAGGUGCAGCUGUGUGGAGGGCUACCUGCUGCAGCCGGACAACCGCUCCUGCAAGGCCAAGAAUGUCCCAGUGGGCCGCCUCCCCAUGCUCCUGAUCGUCAACCUCCACGACAUCCGCUGCACCUCCCUGUCGGGCGCCCCCUCCCGGCUGCCCGCCAUCGAGACCAAGCAGACCAUGGCCAUGGACUUCGUCUACGCCGAGGAGAUGGUGUGCUGGGUCACCCUGGGCGACACACCCGCCGCCACCCAGCUCAAGUGCGCCAGCAUCCCCGACCUGAAGACGGUGACGGACGUGCGGACCAUCAACAUCUCCCUCAGCCUGCACCAUGUGGAGCAGAUGGCUAUCGACUGGCUCACCGGAAACUUCUACUUUGUGGAUGACGUGGACGACCGGUUGUUUGUGUGCAACAAGGACGGGCAGACGUGCGUGACCCUGCUGGACCAGGAGCUCUACAGCCCCAAAGGCAUCGCCCUGGACCCCACCAUGGGGAAGGUGUUUUUCACCGACUACGGACACGCUCCCAAGGUGGAGCGCUGUGACAUGGACGGCCAGAACCGCACCAAGCUGGUCGACACCAAGAUCGUGUUCCCCCACGGUAUCACCCUGGACCUGGUCAACAAGCUGGUGUACUGGGCCGACGCCUACCUGGACUACAUCGAGGUGGUGGAUUACGAGGGCAAGAACAGACACACCAUCAUCCAGGGCUUAAUGAUUGAGCACCUGUACGGUCUGACUGUGUUCGAGAACUACCUGUACUCCACCAACUCAGACGAGGGGAACCUCAACAUCAAGACCAGCGUGGUCCGGGUCAACCGCUUCAACAGCUCCGACUUCCACGUGUUGACACGCCUGGAUAGGGGCGGUGCCCUGCACGUGUACCACCAGAGAUGCCAGCCCUCAGUGAGGAGCCACGCCUGUGCCACAGACCAGUUUGGCAAGGCUGGAGGCUGCUCAGACAUCUGUCUCCUGGGCAACAGCCACAAGAGCCGCACCUGCCGCUGUCGCUCCGGGUUCAGCCUGGGCAGCGACGGCAAGACCUGCAAGAAACCCGACCACGAGCUGUUCCUGCUCUACGGGAAGGGGCGCCCUGGCAUCAUCCGGGGCAUGGACAUGAACGCCAAGGUGACCGACGAGUACAUGAUCCCCAUCGAGAACCUGAUGAACCCCCGGGCGCUGGACUUCCACGCCGCCAGCGAGUUCAUCUACUUCGCCGACUCCACCAACUACAUCAUCGGCCGGCAGAAGAUCGACGGCACGGAGAGAGACACCAUCCUGAAGGAGGGUAUUCACACGGUGGAGGGCAUCGCGGUGGACUGGAUGGGGGGGAACCUGUACUGGACGGAGGACGGGCCCAAGAAGACCAUCAGCGUGGCCCGGCUGGGGAAGGCCUCCCAGACGCACAAGACCCUCAUCGAGGGCAAGAUGACCCACCCCCGCGCCAUUGUGGUGGACCCACAACAUGGGUGGAUGUACUGGACAGACUGGGAGGAGGAGCCCUCGGAGAGCAACCGAGGGAAGAUCAAGAAGGCGUGGAUGGACGGCUCGCACCACCAGGUCCUCCUGACCAGUAAGACGGUGCUGUGGCCCAACGGCCUAAGCCUGGACAUUCCCCAGGGCCUGCUGUACUGGGUGGACGCCUACUACGACCGCAUCGAGAUGAUCUACCUCAACACCACCGAACGCAAGUUGCUGUACGAUGGGCCCGAGCUCAGCCACACCUUCGGUCUGUGCCACUACAAACACUUCCUGUUUUGGAGCGAGUACCGCAGCGGCGGCAUCUACAAGCUGGACACCAACACCAUGAACGUCACCCUGCUCCGCAACGAGAGGCCGCCCAUCUUUGAGAUCCGCGUGUACGACGCCCAGCAGCAGCAAGGCACCAACGCGUGCAGGGUCAACAACGGCGGCUGCAGCAGCCUGUGUCUGGCCAUCCCAGACGGCCGCUCCUGUGGCUGUGCCGACGACCAGGUCCUAGAUGCUGACAACGUCACCUGCAAAGCCAACCCGACCUACUUCCCUCCCCCCCAGUGCCAGGCGGGUGAGUUUGCCUGCAAGAACAACCGCUGCAUCCAGGAACGCUGGAAGUGUGACGGUGACAACGACUGUCUGGACAAGAGUGACGAGGCGCCUGAACUCUGCCACCAGCACAUGUGCCCGGCUGACAGGUUCAAGUGCCAGAACAACCGCUGUAUCCCGGUGCGCUGGCUGUGUGACGGAGAUAACGAUUGUGGCAACGGCGAGGACGAGUCCAACGCUACCUGCUCAGCCCGGACGUGCCCGCCUAACCAGUACCCGUGUGCCAGUGGGCGCUGCAUCCCCAUCUCCUGGACCUGUGAUCUGGACGACGACUGUGGGGACCGCUCGGACGAGCCCGCCUCCUGUGCCUACCCCAAGUGCUUCCCCCUCACCCAGUUCACCUGCGCCAACGGUCGCUGCAUCAACGUCAACUGGCGCUGUGACAACGACAACGACUGCGGGGACAACAGUGACGAGGCGGGCUGCAGCCACUCCUGCUCCAGCGUGCAGUUCAAGUGUAACAGCGGGCGCUGCAUCCCAGAGUACUGGACCUGCGACGGGGAGAACGACUGUGGAGACUACAGUGACGAGACCCACGCCAACUGCACCAACCAGGCCACUCGUCCUCCUGGUGGUUGUCACGUGGAUGAGUUCCAGUGUCGGAUGGAUGGACUGUGCAUCCCCAUGCGGUGGCGCUGCGACGGCAACACCGACUGCAUGGACCUGAGCGACGAGGGCAACUGCGAAGGCGUCACUCACACGUGUGACCCCGCCGUCAAGUUCAGCUGCAAGGACUCUGCCCGCUGCAUCAGCAAGGCCUGGGUGUGUGACGGGGACAGCGACUGCGAGGACAACUCUGACGAGGACGACUGCGAGGCGCAGGCGUGCAAGCUCUCCCACCACGUGUGUGCCACCAACGGCUCCAUCUGCCUGCCCCCCGAGAAGCUGUGCGACGGCACCGACGACUGUCCCGACGGCUCCGACGAGAAGCUCUGCGACCUGUGUGCUCUGGACAACGGCGGCUGCAGCCACAACUGCAGCAUCAUCCCCGGGGAGGGCUUCAUGUGCUCCUGCCCCCUGGGCAUGGAGCUGGGCCGAGACAACAAGACCUGCCAGAUCCAGAGCUUCUGUGCCAAGCACCUGAAGUGCAGCCAGCGCUGCGAGCAGGACAAGGCCUCGGUCAAGUGCUCCUGCUACGAGGGCUGGGAACUGGAGCCCGACAUGGAGAGCUGCAAGAGCGCUGAUCCGUUCAAGCCCUUCAUCAUCUUCUCCAACCGCCACGAGAUCCGCCGUAUCGAUCUCCACAAGGGGGAGUUCAGCGUCUUGGUGCCCGCCCUGAGGAACACCAUUGCCCUGGACUUCCACCUCAGCCAGAGCACCCUGUACUGGACCGACGUGGUGGAGGACAAGAUCUACCGCGGGAAGCUGUCCGAGAACGGAGCCCUGACCAGUUUUGAGGUGGUGAUCCAGUACGGGCUGGCAACCCCCGAGGGCCUGGCGGUGGACUGGAUCGCAGGGAACAUCUACUGGGUGGAGAGCAACCUGGACCAGAUCGAGGUGGCCAAGCUGGACGGCACCAUGCGGACCACCCUGCUGGCUGGGGAGGUGGAGCACCCCCGCGCCAUCGCCCUGGACCCCCGCGACGGUAUUCUGUUCUGGACGGACUGGGACGCCAGCCUGCCCAGGAUCGAGGCAGCCUCCAUGAGCGGGGAGGGCAGGAGGACGGUCCACAAGGAGACGGGCAGCGGGGGCUGGCCCAACGGCCUGACUGUGGACUACAUGGAGAGACGCAUCGUGUGGAUCGACGCCAGGUCUGACGCCAUCUACUCAGCGCUGUACGACGGCUCGGGGCUGAUCGAGAUACUGCGGGGUCAUGAGUAUCUGUCCCACCCCUUCGCCGUCACCAUGUACGGAGGAGAGGUGUACUGGACCGACUGGCGCACCAACACCCUGGCCAAGGCCAACAAGUGGACCGGACACAACGUCACUGUGGUCCAACGCACCAACACACAGCCCUUCGACCUGCAGGUGUACCACCCCUCUAGACAGCCCCAGGCUCCUAAUCCCUGUGACGUCAGUGAGGGCAGGAGCCCCUGCUCCCACCUGUGUCUGAUCAACUACAACCAGACGUACUCCUGCGCCUGCCCCCACCUCAUGAAGCUGCAGCCUGACAAGCGCACCUGCAAAGAGUCUCGUCAGUUCCUGCUGUACGCCCGUCAGAUUGAGAUCCGGGGCGUGGACAUAGACAACCCCUACUACAACUACAUCAUCUCCUUCACCCUGCCGGACAUCGACAACGUCACAUCUGUGGACUACGACGCCCAGGAGCACCGCAUCUACUGGCUGGACGUCCGAACUCAGACCAUCAAGAGGGCCUUCAUUAACGGGACCGGGGUGGAGACGGUGGUGUCGGCCGACCUUCCCAAUGCUCAUGGGCUGGCGGUGGACUGGGUGUCCAGGAACUUGUUCUGGACCAGCUACGAUGCCAACAAGAAGCAGAUCAACGUUGCCCGACUGGACGGGUCCUUUAAGAACGCAGUCAUCCAGGGCCUGGAUAAACCCCACUGUCUCGUGCUGCACCCUAUACUGGGGAAGCUGUACUGGACAGACGGUGACAACAUCAGCAUGGCCAACAUGGACGGCAGCGGCCACACUGUGUUGUUCACCAAGCAGAAGGGGCCUGUGGGCCUGUCCAUCGACUAUCACAGCGAGCAGCUGUACUGGAUCAGCUCAGGGAACAGCACCAUCAACCGCUGCAGGCUGGACGGCUCUGAGCUGGAGGUCCUAGAGGGGGUCAAGGGCAAGCUGACCAAGGCUACAGCGCUGGCCAUCAUGGGGGACAAGUUAUGGUGGGCAGACCAGGGCACAGACCAGAUAGGAACCUGUGAUAAGAGUGAUGGGGGAAACUGGAAGGUGUUACGUAAUAACACGUCCCCCAUGAUGCACAUGAGGAUCUACAACGAGACUAUUCAGACUGGAGGGAUCAACCUGUGCAGUAAAAACAACGGGGACUGUUCCCAGCUGUGCCUCCCCACCUCCCCCACCACCCGCGCCUGCAUGUGCACCGCAGGGUACAGCCUCCGGAGUGGGCAGCAGUCCUGCGAGGGCAUGGGCUCCUUCCUGCUCUACUCUGUUCAUGAGGGCAUCAGAGGAAUCCCCCUGGACCCCGCCGACAAGUCUGACGCCCUGGUGCCCGUCUCUGGCACCUCGCUGGCAGUGGGCAUCGACUUCCACGCUGAAAACGACACCAUCUACUGGGUGGACAUGGGCCUGAGCACCAUCAGCAGGGCCAAGAGAGACCAGACCUGGAGGGAGGAUGUGGUCACCAAUGGGAUAGGCAGGGUGGAGGGCAUCACUGUGGACUGGAUAGCAGGGAACAUCUACUGGACGGACCAGGGCUUCGACGUGAUCGAGGUGGCCAGACUGAACGGCUCCUUCCGCUACGUGGUGAUCUCCCAGGGCCUGGACAAGCCCCGCGCCAUCACCGUCCACCCAGAGAAAGGGUACCUGUUCUGGACAGAAUGGGGUCUGUACCCUCGUAUUGAGCGUUCUCGUCUGGAUGGUUCUCAGAGGGUGGUGCUGGCCAACACCAACAUCCACUGGCCCAACGGCAUCUCCAUCGACUACCAGGAGGGCCUGCUGUACUGGUGCGAUGCUCGUACAGACAGGAUCGAGCGCAUCAACCUGGAGACGGGAGAGAACAGGGAGCUGGUGCUGGUGAACAACAACAUGGACAUGUUUGCUGUGUCCGUCUUUGAGGGCUACAUCUACUGGAGCGACAGGACUCACGCCAACGGAUCCAUCAAGCGAGGCAGCAAGGACAACGCCACCGACUCCGUCUACCUCAGGACGGGCAUCGGAGUGCAGCUAAAGGACAUCAAGGUCUUCAACAGGGACAGGCAGCAAGGCACCAACAUCUGCAAGGACAACAACGGGGGCUGUGAGCAGCUGUGUCUCUACCGCGGCAACGACGAGCGCACAUGUGCCUGCGCGCACGGCAUGCUGGCGGAGAACAACAGCAGUUGCCGCGACUACGACGGCUACCUGCUGUACUCGGAGCGCACCAUCCUCAAGAGCAUCCACCUAUCAGACGAGACCAACAAGAACGCACCAAUCAAGCCCUUCGAGGACCCGGAGCACAUGAAGAACGUGAUCGCCCUCACCUUCGACUACCACGGGGGAGGAGGGAAGGGGGCCAAUCGGAUCUUCUUCAGUGACAUCCACUUCGGGAACAUCCAGUCCAUGAAUGACGACGGCUCAGACCGCAAGAUUGUGGUGGAGAACGUGGGCUCUGUGGAGGGGCUGGCCUACCACCGGGGCUGGGACACCCUGUACUGGACCAGCUUCACCACCUCCACCAUCACCUGCCACACGGUGGACCAGAGCCGCACCGUGGCCUACGACCGCCACACCGUGGUCACCAUGUCCGAGAACGACCACCCCCGCGCCUUCGUGCUGGACGAGUGUCAAGACCUGAUGUUCUGGACCAACUGGAACGACCACUCUCCCAGUAUCAUGCGGGCGUCUCUCAACGGCGCCAACAUGCUGGUCAUCAUCGGCAGCGACAUCAAAACCCCCAACGGGCUGGCCAUUGACCAUCGAGCCGAGAAGCUCUACUUCUGUGACGCCACGCUGGACAAGAUUGAGCGCUGCGAGUACGACGGCAGCAGCCGCUACGUGGUGUUGAUGAACGAGCCUGUGCAUCCGUUUGGCUUGGCCCUGUACGGGGAUUACAUCUUCUGGACUGACUGGAUCAGGAGAGCCGUCUUCAGGGCUGACAAAUUCACUGGGGGAGACAUGAAGGUGCUGCGCGCUGACAUCCCCCAGCAGCCAAUGGGAAUCAUCGCUGUGGCGAAUGACACAAACAGAUGUGAGUUUUCUCCAUGCCUGGUCAACAACGGCGGCUGUCAGGACUUGUGUCUGCUCAGGUCGGACGGACGGGUCAAAUGCAGUUGCCGUGGAAACCGGCAACUCCUGGAAGACAACACGUGCUCAGCUCUGAACAUGUCGUGCAGCAGUGUGGAUGACUUUGAAUGUGGUAAUGGGGAGUGUAUCAGCUACAGUCUGACCUGUGAUGGCAUGGCCCAUUGCAAGGACAAGUCGGACGAAAAACAGUCCUACUGCUCCAAUCGGCUGUGUAAGAAAGGCUACAGACGCUGCAUUAAUGGACGCUGCAUCCGACACCAGCUCUGGUGUGACGGCACGGACGACUGUGGAGACCACUCAGAUGAGCUGCCCUGCAACAUGACCCUCUGCAAAGCGGGAGAGUUCCAGUGCAAAGACGGCAGCUGCAUCUCCAACUCCAGCCGCUGCGACCAGGUGAUCCACUGCGAGGACGCCAGUGACGAGAUGAACUGCUUGCCGACCAACUGCUCCCGUUUCUUCCGUCUGGGGGUGAAGGGAGCCACUUUCCAGAGCUGUGAGAGGACCACCCUGUGCUACCUGCCCUCCUGGGUGUGUGACGGCACCAAUGACUGUGGGGACUUCUCUGAUGAGAUGAACUGCCCAGACAAGAGGAAGCUGAAGUGUCCCCUGAACUACUUCUCCUGCCCCAGCGGGCGCUGCAUCCCGAUGAGCUGGACGUGCGACAAGGACAACGACUGUGAGAACGGAGAGGACGAGUCCCACUGUGACAAGUUCUGUUCGCCCACUCAGUUUGAGUGUGCCAACCACAACUGCAUCCACGGCCUCUGGGUGUGUGAUGGAACGGACGACUGCGGGGACAAUUCUGACGAGGGCAGCAAUUGUCUGUCUAAGACGUGCAGUCCGGAGGUGUUCCAGUGCCCUGGGUCCCACGUGUGUGUGCCCCAGCACUGGAAGUGUGACGGGGACAAGGACUGCCCUGAUGGGGCUGACGAGAACAUCAAGGCUGGCUGUGUGUACAACAACACCUGCGACGAGAACGAGUUCAUGUGUCAGAACAGAGACUGUAUCCCCAAACACUUUGUCUGUGACCAUGAUAUCGACUGUACCGACGGCACUGACGAGUCUCCUGAGUGUGAGUACGCCACCUGUGGCCCGGAGGAGUUCCGCUGUGCUAACGGACGCUGCCUCAACCAGAAGAUCUGGGAGUGUGACGGAGAGAUCGACUGCCAGGACCGCUCCGACGAGGCCCCCAAGAACCCCAACUGCCUGGACACAGAGAGGAAGUGCAACGAGUCGGCCUACAUGUGCCGCAACGGCAAGUGUCUGAACGAGACGCUGCUGUGCGACCGCAACGACGACUGCGGCGACGGCUCGGACGAGCUCAACUGCUUCAUCAACGAGUGUCUGAACAGCAGGCUGAGCGGCUGCUCCCAGCUCUGCGACGACCUCAAGAUCGGCUUCAAGUGCAGGUGUCACCCCGGCUUCCGUCUGAAGAGGGACGGGAAGACGUGCGUGGACGUGGACGAGUGCACGAGCAGCUACCCCUGCACCCAGCGCUGCAUCAACACGCACGGCAGCUUCCACUGUCUCUGCGUGGAGGGCUUCCAGCUCAGCCCCCACGACCCGACCGUCUGCAAGUCCACCUCCGAGGAGGAGCCCUACCUCAUCUUUGCCAACCGUUACUACCUGAGGAAGCUCAACCUGGAUGGCACCAACUACACCCUGAUCAAACAGGGUCUGAACAAUGCAGUAGCCCUGGACUUUCACUAUGCAGAGCAGAUGAUCUACUGGACAGACGUCACCACUCAGGGAAGCAUGAUUCGCCGCAUGCACAUGAACGGCAGCAACGUCGAGGUGCUUCACAGGACCUCCCUCAGUAACCCAGACGGGGUGGCUGUGGACUGGGUGGGCGGGAACCUGUACUGGUGUGACAAGGGCCGGGACACCAUCGAGGUGUCCAAGCUGAACGGAGCCUACAGGACCGUGCUGGUCAACACCGGGCUGAAGGAGCCGAGGGCUGUGGCGGUGGACAUACGCAACGGGUACCUGUACUGGUCUGACUGGGGCGACAGCCCCCACAUCGGGAGGAUCGGGAUGGACGGCAGCAACCGCAGAGUGAUCGUGGAGGACAAGAUCACCUGGCCCAACGGCCUCACGCUCGACUUCAUCAACGACCGCAUCUACUGGGCCGACGCCAGGGAGGACUACAUCCAGUUCUCCAGCCUGGACGGGACCAACAGACACACGGUUCUAACCCAGGACAUCCCCCACAUCUUUGCCAUUGCCAUGACGCUGUUCGAGGAGUACCUCUACUGGACUGACUGGGAGACCAAGUCCAUCAACAGAGCGCACAAGACCCUGGGCACCAACAAGACCCAGCUCAUCACCACCCUGCACAGGCCCAUGGACAUCCACAUCUACCACCCCUACCGCCAGCCCGAGGUCCGGAAUCACCCGUGCCAGACCAACAACGGGGGCUGCAGUAACCUGUGUCUGCUGUCCCCCGGGGGGGGCUACAAGUGCGCCUGUCCCACCAACUUCUACCUGGCCCACAACGGGCGCACCUGCAUGUCCAACUGCACCGCCAGCCAGUUUGUGUGUAAGAACGACAAGUGCAUCCCCUUCUGGUGGAAGUGUGACACCGAGGACGAUUGUGGGGACCGUUCCGACGAGCCUGCUGAAUGCCCGGCCUUCAAGUGUCGUCCGGGUCAGUUCCAGUGUGGCACGGGCAUCUGCACCAACCCCGCCUACAUCUGUGACGGGGACAACGACUGCCAGGACAACUCUGACGAGGCCAACUGCGACAUCCAUGUGUGUCUGCCCAGCCAGUUCAAGUGCUCCCACCCCAAUCGCUGCAUCCCAGGGAUCUUCCGCUGCAACGGCCAGGACAACUGUGGAGAGGGGGAGGACGAGAAGGACUGUCCGGAGGUCACCUGCGCCCCCCACCAGUUCCAGUGUGCCAUCACCAAGCGCUGCAUCCCCCGCGUCUGGGUGUGCGACCGCGACAACGACUGCGUCGACGGCUCGGACGAGCCGGCCAACUGCACUCAGAUGACGUGUGGUGUGGAUGAGUUCCGCUGUAAGGACUCUGGCCGCUGCAUCCCCGCUCGCUGGAAGUGUGACGGCGAGGACGACUGUGGCGACUCAUCAGACGAGCCCAAAGAGGAGUGCGAUGAGAGGAUGUGCGAGCCCUACCAGUUCAGAUGCAAGAACAACCGCUGUGUGCCUGGCCGCUGGCAGUGUGACUACGACAACGACUGUGGGGACAACUCUGAUGAAGACAACUGCACUCCUCGCCAGUGUUCGGAGAGCGAGUUUGCCUGCACCAAUGGUCGCUGCAUCGCUGGGAGGUGGAAGUGCGAUGGCGACCAUGACUGCGCCGACGGCUCUGAUGAGCACGGCUGUGACCUGAAGUGCGACAGUGACCAGUUCCAGUGUAAGAACGGACACUGCAUCCCCAUCCGCUGGCGCUGCGACGCCGACGCCGACUGCAUGGACGGCAGCGACGAGGAGAAGUGCAACAGCACCGCUGCGCGACACUGCCCCCUGGAUGAGUUCCAGUGUAACAACUCCCUGUGUAAGCCCCUGGCCUGGAAGUGUGACGGAGAGGACGACUGUGGAGACAACUCUGAUGAGAACCCUGACGAGUGCAGGAACUUCCAGUGCCCUACCACCAGGCCUAUGCGUUGCCACAACGACCGUGUGUGUCUGCGGGUGUCCAAACAAUGCGAUGGUGUUGACAACUGUGGGGACAACUCGGAUGAACUGAAUUGCCAUGCCCCCCCGGCUGUUCCCUCAUGUGAGAAGGACGAGUUCCUGUGUAACAACGGCAGGUGCAUCAGCUCCAACCUGCGCUGCAACUACUUCAACGACUGUGAGGACUACGGCUCGGACGAGAUCAGCUGCAAGACAGACACCAAGCUGAACGACUGCAGGAGUAACAGGACCCUGUGUGGGGACGGAGACGAGGCCCACUGCAUCACCAACGGGACGGACUCCUUCUGCUCCUGCAAGCCAGGCUUCCAGAAGACUGGACACAACACCUGCCAAGAUAAGAAUGAGUGUCAGAAGUUUGGAAUUUGCUCCCACAUCUGCAACAACACCAAGGGCUCCUACAAAUGCAGCUGCAGCAAGUACUUCACCAAGAUCAACGACACCUGCAAGGCAGACAGCCUCAACAGCAGCAGAAAGGUGCUGUACAUCGCCGACGACAACGAGAUCCGCAGCCUGGACCCCGGCAUGCCCAACUGGCGCUACGAGCAGACGUUCCAGGGCGACGCCAACGUGCGCAUCGACGCCAUGGACCUGCACGUCAAGACCAACCGCGUCUUCUGGACCAACUGGCACACGGGCCGCAUCUCCUCCUACGAGCUGCCCGGAAGCUCCGCCCCCUCCGGCCCCUCCUCCAACUCCCACCGGCACCGGCGCCAGAGCGAGGGCGGGGUCACCACACUGGAGAUCCCAGAGCUGAAGAUGCCUCGUGGUAUAGCUGUGGACUGGGUGGCCGGUAACCUGUACUGGACCGACUCUGGACGGGACGUGAUCGAAGUGGCCCAGAUAUCAGGCCGCAAUCGGAAGACCCUCAUCUCUGGCAUGAUCGAUGAGCCCUAUGCCAUCGUGGUGGACCCACAGAGAGGGACCAUGUAUUGGGCAGACUGGGGUAACCACCCGAAGAUUGAGACAGCAGCCAUGGAUGGAACCCUGAGACAGACCCUGGUCCACGAGAACAUCCAGUGGCCCACAGGUCUGGCGGUGGACUACUUCAGCGAGCGUCUCUACUGGGCGGAUGCUAAGCUCUCCGUGAUCGGCAGUGUGCGUCUCAACGGCUCAGACCCAGUCAUCGCCGUCACCAACCUCAAAAACAAUCUCCUCCAUCCUUUCAGCAUAGACAUCUUUGAGGACUACAUAUAUGGGGUCACCUAUGUCAACAAUGUGGUAUUCCGGGUCAACAAGUUUGGCAAGGGCUCUGUUGAGAACCUGACCACUGGCAUCAACCACGCCACAGACAUAGUGCUCUACCACCGCUACAAACAGCCUGAGGUGACCAACCCAUGUGACAAGAAAAAGUGUGAGUGGCUGUGUCUGCUGAGCCCCAGCGGGCCGGUCUGCACCUGCCCCAACGACAGAGUGGCUAACAACGGCACCUGUGUGGAGAGACCGUCUCCAACACAGUCUCCAUUCUCCCCGCCCGCGGGGACGUGCACUGUCCAGUGUCAGAACGGUGGCAGCUGCUACCUCAACGCCCGCCAGCAGGCCAAGUGUCGCUGCCAGCCCACCUACAGUGGGGAGAGGUGUGAGGUGAACCAGUGCAGGGACUACUGCGAGAACGGGGGCACCUGCACCGCCUCACCCACAGGUUCGCCUACCUGUCGCUGUCUGAAGGGCUUCACCGGCCCCCACUGUAACCAGCAGAUAUGCCAGGGCUACUGCCACAAUGGAGGCAACUGCUCCGUCAACCAGGGCAACCAGCCCGCCUGCCGCUGCCCACCCGGGUUCCUGGGGGACCAGUGUCAGUUCACCAAGUGUGAAGGCUUCUGCGAGAACGAGGGCAUGUGUCUGCAGACCGACAACGGUACCAGGCUGUGUCGCUGCCCACCUCAGUUCCUGGGGCCCAACUGUGAGCUGGACAAGUGUGUGUACUGUGGGACGGGCAAGUGUACGCCUAAGACUACUGGAGAGGUCACCUGCAGCUGUAACGGCCUGCUCCAGCCCAGCUGCUAUUCCUGUCUCAACUUCUGUCUCAAUGGCCAGUGCACUGUGGACCCCCGCUCCCUACUGCCCCAGUGCAAGUGUCCUACUGGAUGGACCGGCUACAGGUGCAGCGAUGCUGUCUUUACUGAUGCCGACUCUCGAGGAUCCAGUGGAAGCACGGCCUCCGUGGUCACCCCAGUGCUGCUGCUGCUGUUACUGGCACUGCUGGUGGUCGGCGCCAUCUUGUGGUACAAGAGGAGAAUGCGGGGGUCUCUAUGGCCCGGCAAAUCUCGUUCCCGACACUCGCGGGCUAAAGGCUUCCAGCACCACAGAAUGACCAACGGGUCCAUGAACGUGGAGAUCGGCAACCCUGCGUACAAGAUCUACGAAGGAGAACCUGACGACGAUGCUGGGGAACUCCUGGAUUCAGACUUCACUUUGGACCCAGACAAGCCCACCAACUUCACCAACCCUGUGUACGCCACCCUGUACAUGGGAGCCCAGAACAGCCGCAACUCUCUGGCCAGCACUGACGAGAAGAAAGAGCUGCUCUCCCAGGGCGACGACGACAUGAGUGACCCGCUGGCGUAGGACAGCACUCUGCCUAGCGCCUCGCCCUGCCCUGCCCCCCAUUGGCUGAGCAUACAAACUCUCUUCAAAUGCCUUUUACCAAUUGGAGAAAAAAAAAGGAACAAGAAAGAAAGUGAGAACACUGUAUAAAAUGUAUAAAAUGAAGGACUACUUUUGUAUGUGAUUGCAGUAUUAUAUUUUGUUCUUUGACAAAUAGGGAAAAUAAUUCCUCCGGAAUGAAAAAGGAACCAUUUUAUAGACAGUACUCAACUCUCUUUUUUUUCCCCACCUCACCAUUUCACUGCUCUUCCUCCCCCUCUUCAUCCAUAUAGCCACUACCUCUGUGCAAAUUUAAAAAAUAGAGUGGUAGAAAACCAACAGUGAAAUAAUUUUAAUUUUUUUAUUUUUGUAUGAAUUGUAUAGGGCAAGACAAACAUUGUUCCAUUUCCGUAAAACUGCCUAAAGCAUUUGUUGAAAGAUGCAGAGGGGAAUGGAGGGACGAGUUGGACGCCUGGUUAUGAAUGCUAAUGGAACGCUGGUUUGGUUUACGUCACUUUGUGUCUGUGUCCUCUGUUAGAGCUCUGGAGGUAGACCAAGGCUGCAAGGCCUCAUGGGAGUUAGGAACCUGCACAUGCACACAUGGAGUCAGCAUCGUAGAAAUGAUGUCCAUUCUGUUGUCUCAAUGAACAAAGUGAUUGUCUUUUCUUCCUUGCACAGACGAAAGUUAUAUAUAUAUAUUUACAUAUAUAUAAACAUAUUAACAAUGUGUCUUGAACAGUAUACCCAGGAAUACAAACACCAAUAACGAAUAGCAGUCAAUAAUUGUUUUAUCACUUUUUUGGGGGUCCCUGUAUAAAUUCUGUGCUACGCUUA